UCUCUCUUCCUCCCUCUCCCUCUCCUCCCCUCUUUCUCUCUCUCUCUCGCUCUCUCUCUCUCCUUCAACGGUCUCAGAUAAUCAAGCUCGCGGAGACUCUCGUCCUGUCCUCUUCGAGCGCGCACGGCGCGUUUCGACGGCCAACCGCAGUCGCCCUCGUCGUUUGCCACCGACUUGCCACUCUUUCUCCUCGUGUCGUUCCACUACUACGAUAAAAGGGAGUGCGCUUUCGGCUUUUCUUCUCUUGUACUUACUUGUAUAUAAUUUUUUUUCUUCCUCGAUCACUCAUUCAUUUCUGAUCUAAGGAUAUUAGAUAGAACGAGAGAACGUACGAUCGAGAAAGUUCAAUUAAUUACUUCUUUUUCGGGAUAGAGAGGGAGAGAAAAAAAAUUAAGUGUGUUUUAUGUGUCUCGAUUUUAUCGCAAGGUGAAUUUCUUUUUAUUGGAAUAUAUAGAUUUUUUGUUUCAUCUAUCAGUUGACAUUUUCUUUUGUCAAUGAGAAGAGACAGUAUCAGGUGAACUAUUUAACAUGUUUACGUCAAGAGGAAAGCACUAGCCUAUGAGAAGAGAUUUCUUUUUCGGAGCCUGAAGAUCAUACUAUCGUUGGAUGAUAUUGUUAUUUGUUGUGUGGACGACGGAGAGUAAACUAGGAGGAAGUCUGGAUUAUAAAAAUCAACAGGAAGAGAACCGAAAACAGACGUUUUACCAUGCCGCAUACAGGUCAAGCAGGAGUGAAUCAACUUGGUGGUGUUUUUGUUAAUGGCAGACCUUUACCAGACUGUGUACGUCAACGUAUCGUACAACUAGCAUUAGUCGGUGUUAGACCUUGCGAUAUCUCACGACAAUUACUCGUCUCUCAUGGCUGUGUUUCCAAAAUAUUAACAAGAUUUUACGAAACUGGAAGUAUCAGACCAGGUAGCAUCGGUGGAAGUAAAACUAAGCAAGUAGCAACACCUACGGUCGUUAAGAAAAUUCUACGAAUGAAACAGGAACAGCCGACGAUGUUUGCCUGGGAAAUACGUGAACAACUUGCUAGACAAGGAGCUUGCGAUCCACAAAGCUUACCUUCCGUUUCAUCGGUUAACCGAAUUCUCAGGGGUGGUGGACUGCACACGGAUCAUCCUGGAAUCGAAGGGAGCUCAUCCACUGGAUAUGCUUCGCAAAUCUCUUCCAAUGUUGCUUCCAGAGAAUCGUUAAUGAGGACAGACUAUCAAUUGUUCUACCCAGGUGCGUUAGGACCAUUACAGAUUUCAACAAGUUCAGGAAACAAUGGUACACCUUCUUGGAAUCCAAGUUUUUAUUCGUCGUUGUAUCAAGCUACAACAUUACAUUUACAUCAUGGAAUGCAAUCGUUAACAUCUCUAGAUGCAGAAAGAUUAACCGAUCAAAAUGGAGUACAAAAUCAAGUGGAGUUAAAGUCUAGUUCGAGUUCUAUGGCAGGAAGUGAUGAUUCUUUAGACAAGAGCGAUCUAGAGGAAAACGCUGAAUCUCAGGAUCAAUAUAAAUCCUUUCAAAGUGGUAGGAUUAUAUUAGAACUUGGUCAGAAAAUAGGAAGCGAUCGAAGUGCAUUUAUAAGACAUCCGACACCACCAAUAAAUUCAUUGGAAACGGAUAAGCAACAGCAAAACAAUAAACAACAACAAAAUCAACAGAAAAGAAUUAUUGCAAUAGAAAAAGAACAGACGAGUACAACAGUAACAAGUAAUGAAGUACCUGUUGAAAAUAGACCAGCUCAGGUACAAAAAAAACGAAAUCCUUAUUCGAUAGAAGAACUUCUUAAAAAGGAUGAAAAGAAAUCAACCUCAAAAAGGCCUAGGUUGAUAAAUAUAGACGUCGUACAACCAUGCGGUAUCAUUUUGAACAAAGAAAUUUAAAGAAAAUCUUACAAACAAAUCUCAUCUAGAUCUUAGGUUUAAUGAAGUAGUAUGAUAGGUCUGUAAGAUCUCUAUAAGUUAACUUUCAUUAUAUAUAAUUUCUAAGUUAACCUUUAAUAAGUUGUUAUGUUUGACCAAGAUACAUAGACGUCUGAAUUCGCCAAAUGUAAAGUAAGAUGAUAAGUAAGAAUCUUGUUGAUUUUGACCAAGAAGUGAAAAUAUGAAUAAAUACAUGAAUAUCGUUGUCCGAAUGACUAAACGAAAAGGCUAAUAAAGUAACGGCUGUAAAGUGUGAGUACACGGAAGAAGACAUGAAAAUAUACAUAUAUAUAUAUAUAUGUAUAUGAAAAGGGCACAUGAUGCAGUAAAGCUAUAAACGAGUUUGGUGUUGUACCGUUGACACGUGCACUAGUGUAAAAUACGAUGAAAUGUCGGAGUGACAUAAAACAGGCAUAAGAGAAAGAAAGAGAGAGAAAUUAUAUAGCAACGAGAGAGAAAGAGAGAGAGAAAGAGAGAAAUUAUAUAGCAACAAGAGAAAAAGAAAGAAAGAAAGAGAGAGAGAGAGAGAAAAAGAAAGAAUGCCAGUUUUGCGUUUACAACGUUGUAAAAGCCUUUUAUCCUGUUUCUCAUCUCGGUCCAAUUAAUGCACUAUAAAAUGCACAUUGCCUCUACGUCCUGCUGUGGUUUUUUUCUCUUUCUUUUCUUCUCUUUCUAUCUAAAGGCUUCUAAAAAAAAAAAAAAAAAUAAUGUCUCAGUAUGAUAAGAAUGUCUCUAAGACAAGUUUCAACCGCAUUUACCAUCUUGACAAUGUUUUUAUUUCUAUUAAUUUUUUCAUUUUUAAGGAGGAGAUCUUAUAUCUAUUCCGUUGAUAGAAAAAGAAAUCUAGAAAUUAAGACUAAUUAGUGUAAUUAAUGUUUAAAAAGACAAAAGAUGGAGAUCAAUCUUUUUUGUUUGUUUUUUUUUUUAUCACUAGAAAAAUUCUUCAAAGAAAUAUUUAUUGUAGAUUUAGAUUGAAUCGCUGUCACUUAAUUGCAUAAUUGAAUAUUGCAUUCUUCGUCUUCUUCCUUAUUAUUAUUUAUUUAUCAAUGAUAUAUGUAACAAAAAUGAUUUUAAUUAUAAGAUUGGGCUUAUAUAUCUUUACCAAGUGUGUAAAAGAGAAUAAGGAUAACGUAAAAAUUUUACUAAAUAGUCAUCCACAAUAUCUUUCUUUUUUUUCUGAGAAAAGUAACUUUGUCGAGUCUUCAAACUUGAAGAUGUUAAAUUUAAUCAAUUUUUUCCUCUGAUUAUUAUCAAAUAAUUAACAAUCGUAAUCUCAAGUUAUCCUGUAUAAUAUCAUUAAAAUACACUAGUCAAAAUGA